AGUUUCCGCGCUCUGCCUUUCGCCCGCCCGCGCCGCGCUCCCUUGCUUCCCACCCCGUGCCCUGCCCCCAUCGCCGUGGUUUGGCACUGCCUGGCAGGCGGCCCGCGGGCGGGUCGCCCUCCCCUCCUGCAGCCCACACCCCUCUUAAAGCGGCGGCGGGAAGAUGAGGUUCCGGGAGCCGCUCCUGGGCGGCAGCGCCGCGAUGCCGGGCGCGUCCUUGCAGCGGGCCUGCCGCCUGCUCGUGGCCGUCUGCGCACUGCACCUCGGAGUCACUCUGGUCUAUUACCUGGCCGGCCGCGACCUGAGCCGCCUGCCUCAGCUGGUCGGAGUCUCUACAUCGCUGCAGGGCGGCUCGCACGGCACCGCCGCCAUCGGGCAGCCCUCCGGGGACAUUCGAUCCAGAGGGGUCCGGCCGCCGCCUCCUUUAGGCGCCUCCCCGGAGCCGCGCCCGGGUCGUGACUCCAGCCCUCAUGCGGAUUCUGGCCGUGGCCUCGCGAGCAACUUGACUUCGGUUCCAGUGUCCCGAACCACAAAGCUGCCUCUGCCCGCUUGCCCCGAGGAGUCCCCGCUGCUCGUCGGCCCCAUGCUGAUCGAGUUUAAUAUGCCUGUGGACCUGGAGCUUGUGGCAAAGAUGAACCCGAAGGUGAAGAUUGGCGGCCGCUACACCCCCAAAGAAUGUGUCUCUCCUCACAAGGUGGCCAUCAUUAUUCCAUUUCGCAACCGGCAGGAGCACCUCAAGUAUUGGCUAUAUUACUUGCACCCGAUCCUGCAGCGCCAGCAGUUGGACUAUGGCAUCUAUGUCAUCAAUCAGGCUGGAGACUCUAAGUUUAAUCGUGCUAAGCUCCUCAACGUUGGCUUUCAAGAAGCCUUAAAGGAUUAUGACUACAACUGCUUUGUGUUCAGCGAUGUGGACCUCAUUCCAAUGGAUGACCACAAUGCCUACAGGUGUUUUUCACAGCCACGGCACAUUUCUGUUGCAAUGGAUAAGUUUGGAUUUAGCCUGCCUUAUGUUCAGUAUUUUGGAGGUGUCUCUGCUCUGAGUAAACAACAGUUUCUCAAAAUCAAUGGAUUUCCUAAUAAUUAUUGGGGCUGGGGAGGAGAAGAUGAUGACAUUUUUAACAGAUUAGUUUUUAAAGGCAUGUCUAUAUCUCGGCCAAAUGCUGUGGUUGGGAGAUGUCGAAUGAUCCGCCACUCAAGAGACAAGAAAAACGAACCCAAUCCUCAGAGGUUUGAUCGAAUUGCACACACAAAAGAGACAAUGCUCUCUGAUGGUUUGAACUCACUCACCUAUGAGUUACUGGAUGUACAAAGAUACCCAAUGUAUACCCAAAUCACAGUAGACGUCGGGACACCAAGCUAGCAUUUUGGUUUGUGAAUAAGAGACCUGAAAACAGCCAGGGACCUUUGCUGUGUGUCUCUGCCAAUCUGCUGGGCUAGUCCCUCGAUUUUACCAAUCUGAGUGACAAAUCCCCUUCACUUAUCAUUCAGAUGCCUUUCCAGAUGACCAGGACGAGUGGGAUACUUUGCCCCCACCUUGGCUCAGCAUGUGACUUAGCUCUACAAGGUUUUUGUCAUUGUAGAAACUGUCAGCCAUCGUGGGGAGUUAUGACAGUGUCACCCCAAAGAGUCAGAACUGUACACAGCCCAAAUACUUGGUGACUGUGGGAUUUAUUUCUGGCGAUAAAACUGCUAGAAAUGAAAACUAUUGUGAAAUAGGUCAGAAUUU